CAUUUUCAAAUCUUUACCUAAUCUGAGAAUACUAGUGCUAGCUUCGAACAACAUGAUCUCACUUCCGGCGAACAUGUUUUCCAAGGUACCUCGUUUAGAAUAUCUGGAUCUAUCGAGCAAUUUUCUGAAAAGUAUAGAUUCUUCAAUAAACGUUUUAUAUUCACUGGUGCAUCUGAAUCUUAGUAAUAACAGGCUCUUUACUGUUGAUGUGGAUAUGCUACAGCAAAACACCGCACUUCGUUACCUUAACGUCGAGAAAAACAAUUUUUUCUGUACCUGCGAAAAUAGCAGGUUCUCCGCUUGGAUCAGAAAUCCAACCAUACGGGCAUUAGAGGGAGACUACCAAACGUGCGGUGUUCCCGCCGAGCUCACAAACACCAGAUUACGAGACUUUGAUCCUGAUUGGAUAACAUGUUACACGGUUCCUUUUGUUUUCAUAUGUGUAGGAGCCGGAGUUGUGGUAGUUGCGGGAUUGGCAAGUAUUGUCGCAUAUCAUCGUCUGGACAUCGUAUACUGUUGGCAUCUAAGAAGACAGAGUCGUUUUCGUAAAAGCUACGUAAGAUGUAAUAAGAACCAAGCACAUUAUGAAUAUGACGCCUUCGUGGCUUACGCCGGCAGUAGUGAGGAGUGGAUUGUGCGGCAAUUUCUCCCGCACGUGGAGGGUGAAGGUCAGAGUACCGACCAGGGUCAAGGUAAAGGUCAGGACAUAAGCUUUAAAGUGUGUAUCCAUUCAAGAGAUUUCUUACCUGGGGAAUACAUCAUAGACAACAUAGUAGAGAAAAUGGAGGCAAGCAGAGCCACUAUACUGAUAAUCUCGCACAACUUUAUUAAAAGUGAUUGGUGUAAGUACGAGGUUGACAUUACUCAGGCAAAGGUGUUGCGGGAGAGGCGUGGGGCGAUCAUUGUUGUGUUUCUCGAGCAGAUACCUUAUAAACAGCUUCCCAAGACGCUUAGACUCAUGAAGCGUCACGUGACCUAUCUUGAGUGGCCGGAGGAAGAAAAUGAACACAAAAGGGCGGAGUUUUGGAAAAAGAUGAAACUUUCACUUUUGAAACGAAUUCAACAAACUAAUAGAAGUUCAGAUGAUAAUGACACACAAGUCUAA